AUGGAGCUCGUCCCUCUCACUUCCUCAUCACAUGGGCGUGUCUCUGGGAAAUCAUGGAAGGCACAAAAAUCAGCGACCUUUCGAACGCAAUGUUCUGUCGGACACAGGUCCAACUUUGAGGAACGAAUGAAGAAGACUACAAAAACCAACGCUGCAAAGAAGUUGGAAACCGAGCUCAAAAAUGAGAAAAAUGCUGAGAAGCAACGGAGACGAGAAAUCACCCUCGAGAGGAAAAACGCAGCAGAGGAGCGGCGCAGACUGGAAGAAGAUAAAGCAAAGGUACAUCCAGGUUCUGUAUCCGCAUUUCAAGACUAA